CUGGUUUACCUCUCAGACCUGAAGAUGAGUGACCGUAGUAAAGGACGUCCUCUAGACUUCAGUAAUGAACCUGGACCCUCACACACAAAAGAGAGGAAGAGGAGUCAUGUUUCUGAGGAGGAGCAGCCGUCCUGCUGUGCUUUGUGUCAGGACGUCCUGAAGGAUCCGGUCUCUACUAGCUGUGGACACUGGUUCUGCAGACAGUGCAUCACCUCAUACUGGGACCAGUCUGCUUCACCAGGAGACUCCUCCUGUCCCCAGUGUGGAAAAAGAUCCAGAACAAGAGCUGGACUGCAGUCAGCUAGUGAGACCAGCACUGUACAAGCAGCUGGUGGUCUGCAGGAGGUUUUAGAUGAACAUAAGAUCAGUCUGAAGAGGAGAUGUGAACAUGUGACUGAAGGAAGUGAUGGAACAGGAAGUGGAACCCUCCUCAACAGGAUCUACACUGAGCUCUACAUCACAGAGGGACAGAGUGAAGAGGUUAAUACCCAAUAUGAGGUGAGGCAGCUGGAGACAGCUUCCAAGAAGAAGACCGUCCACGACGCUCCAAUCAGGUGCCAGGACAUCUUUAAAGCCUUACCUGACCAACAGGGACACAUCAGAGUCGUUCUGACGAACGGCGUCGCUGGCGUUGGAAAAACCUUCUUGGUGCAGAAGUUCAGUCUGGACUGGGCAGAGGGUUUGGAGAACCAAGAUGUCAGUAUGGUGGUUCCGCUUUCAUUCAGGGAGCUGAACUUGAUCAGAGAUGAGCAGUACAGUCUUCUGGAGCUGCUCCAUGUUUUCCAUCCAACAUUACAGAAGGUCACAGCAGAGAAGCUCGCUGUCUGUAAACUUCUGUUCAUCUUUGACGGCCUGGAUGAAAGCAGACUUUCUCUGGAUUUCAACAACAAGGAGGUUGUGUCUGAUGUCACACAGAAGUCAUCGGUCAACGUGCUGCUGACAAACCUCAUCGAGGGGAAUCUGCUUCCCUCGGCUCUCGUCUGGAUAACUUCCCGACCCGCGGCGGCCAAUCAGAUCCCUCCUGCAUGUGUUGACAGGGUGACAGAAGUACGAGGCUUCACUGACGCCCAGAAGGAGGAGUACUUCAGGAGGAGGGUCAGAGAUAAAAAGCGGUCCAGCAAAAUCAUCUCACACAUCCAGAUGUCCAGGAGCCUCCACAUCAUGUGUCUGAUCCCAGUCUUCUGCUGGAUCACUGCUACAGUUCUGGACCACAUGUUGACUACAGAGCAGAGAGGAGAGCUGCCCAAGACCCUGACUGACCUGUACUCACACUUCUUGCUGGUUCAGACAAAGAAGAAGAAGCAGAAGUAUGAUGAGGGACAUGAGACGGGUCCAGAGGAGCUGAUGGAGGCUGACAGAGAAGUUCUUCUGAAGCUGGGGAGGCUGGCGUUUGAACAGCUGCAGGAAGGAAACAUCAUGUUCUUCCAAGAAGACCUGGAGCGCUGUGGUCUCGAUGUCACAGAGGCUGCAGUGUACUCAGGAGUUUGUACAGAGAUCUUCAAAAGAGAGAGUGUGAUGUUCCAGAAAACAGUCUACUGCUUCGUUCAUCUGAGCGUUCAGGAGUUUCUGGCUGCAGUCUACCUAUUCCACUGUUACACCACCAGGAACACAGAGGUACUGAGGGCUUUCUUUGGGACAGACUGGGACAAUGACAGCAAUGGUGUCACUGAUCAAGAAUACCCAUCCCUGGAUGUCUUCUUGAUGAGAGCCAUGAAGAAAUCCCUAGAAAGUGAAAAUGGCCACCUGGACCUGUUUGUCCGCUUCCUUCAUGGCCUCUCUCUGGAGUCCAACCAGAGACUGUUAGGAGACCUGCUGGGUCAGACAGACAACAGUCCAGAAGUCAUCCAGAGAGCCAUUAAUAACCUGAAGGAGAUGAACACUUAUGAGAUCUGUCCUGACAGAAGCAUCAACAUCUUCCACUGUCUGACGGAGAUGAACGACCUCUCAGUACAUCAGGAGAUCCAAGAGUUCCUGAAGUCAGAGAACAGAUCAAAGAAGAGACUCUCUGAGAUCCACUGCUCAGCUCUGGCCUACAUGCUGCAGAUGUCAGAGGAGGUUCUGGAUGAGUUGGACCUGAAGAAGUACAACACAACAGCGGAGGGACGACGUAGACUGAUUCCAGCUGUGAAGAACUGCAGAAAGGCUCAACUUUCUGGCUGUCGAAUCUCAGAGACCCACUGUGAAGUUGUGGCCUCAGCUCUGAAGUCCAACCCCUCCCAUCUGAGAAAGCUGGACAUGAGUAAAAAUGACCUGCAUGAUUCAGGAGUGAAGAAACUGUGUGUUGGACUGCAGAGUCCAAACUGUAGACUGGAGACGCUGAGAUUGAGAGACUGCAGUUUGUCCAGGAUCAGCUGUGCUUCUCUGGCCUCAGCUCUGAAGUCCAACCCCUCCCAUCUGAGAGAGCUGGAGCUGAGUGACAACAACUUGCAGGAUUCAGGAGUGAAGCUGCUGUGUGAUUUUCUGGAGAAUCCACACUGCAGACUGGAGACUCUGGGAUUAAUGGGCUGCAGUUUGUCAGAAGCCAGCUGUGGUUCUCUGGCCUCAGCUCUAAAGUCCAACCCCUCCCAUCUGAGAAAGCUGGAGCUGAGUGACAACGACCUGCAGGAUUCAGGAGAGAAGCUGCUGUGUGAUUUUCUGGAAAGUCCACGCUGCAGACUGGAGACUCUGAGAAUCAGAGCUGAGGAACCCAAUAAAAGUGUCAGAGCGGAAAUUGCCCUGAGAAAUGUCCCAUCAGAGGACAGAGUCCUAGCUGUCCUGAAAGUUAUUCGGACAGAGUUUGUUAAAAGAGUGUCUGAUGCUAAUCUGAACUUUAUCCUGGAUAAACUUUUUGAGCGUGAUGUGAUAAAUCAGGGUGAAAUGGAGGAUAUCAGGCAAACAAACAGAACAACCAUAAACAAAGCACGAGACGUGAUCGACACGGUGCGAAAGAAGGGAGCUAAAGCCAGUUUAGUUCUGAUCGAUGCUCUCCGUGAGGUGGAUCCAUACCUUUUCGAUGACCUAAUGGAGCUCAGGGGUGUGUAA